UCGAUAGCAUCAGUUUAAUGAUGCUGCUGAUCUUGAAUAAUUUCAUAGCGUUCUACAUCUGAUUUGUGAGGCUGUGGUGUUUAAUCAUCGGACAUCUUGUCAAACAUAUAUUUUGCAUAAGAGCACAUUCAAAGAUGUUGUGGAAAAAAGAAUCAGAUCAAGAAAGUUCGAUGUACAUCGACUUAUUUACAUCGCCAUUAGUGGAUUCUGAAGAGCUCGACAAAAUUUACAAUCUACACAAUUAUUUUUCUGUUACUGCAAAUGCAAGACAUGGUCCAUUCAAGGAAAAAAAUUCGGAAAAAUCACUUCAUUAUCGGCAAAAAGGUAACGCAAUGUUUAACGAGGCGAAGUGGAUUGAUGCAAUGGAGUUGUACAAUCAAUCAUUAUGCUAUGCUGAAAACGGUUCAGAAUUGAUGGGGUUAGCUUACGCAAAUCGGUCGUCAUGUUUUUUUAACAUGAAAAUGUAUCGAAAGUGUCUUGUUGACCUUGAGCUCGCCAUGGAAAAUAAUUAUCCGUCGGAUAAAAUGACCAAACUGGAAAAACGCAAAAUUACCGCCUUGAGCAUGAUGGACAAUGAUGAAGAUAAAGGUGGCAUGUAUGAGCCGAACUUGGAUUUUAUGUCAAAUGAAAAAUAUCCGUGUUUUGCAAAUGUGUUGAACAUCGAAAACAAUGAACAAUAUGGCCGACAUAUUGUUGCAACAGAGGACAUUGAAGUGGGCAAAACCGUGAUGGUCGAUCAAAAUUAUUUUGCCAAUUCGAGUAAAAGGUACACACGGUGCAACAUUUGUCUGCGAAGCGACGAAAACUUGAAGCCAUGCCAAAAAUGUUCAUUCACUUUGAUAUGUCCGAAAUGUGCGGAAAACGAUUUGCACUCGAUUGAGUGUGACAUUAAUCCAAGCUAUUUUGUCAGUACGGGAAUCAUUAGUGCGCGAAUGCCAAUGGUUCGAUCAAUUCUUUUGGCAAUAAAUACAUUUUCCGAUAUUGAUGAGCUGAUUGCUGUGGUCGAAGAAAUGAUGAAAAACGAUUUGGUCGAAGCACCUGAAGCAUUGGGCGAUCCAAAAUUAAACUAUCGAGCAUUCUUCAAAUUGCAUCCGAAUUUGAAGAACCACACACAUGAAUAUUUUGCGCAACAGAUAUACUUCAUAUAUCAAUCACUUAUGAAACUGCCGUGUGUGACAGAAUUUUUUCACUCUGAGGCACACAAACGCUUUUUGAAGCAUUUGAUCGGUCAUCAUUUAAUGGUUAUAAAAUAUUCAGCUCAACGGCUUCGACUUGAAAGUGCAAAAAUCAACUUGUUUGGUCAACAUUGCGAAUCGCAAUUGAACGAUUACGAUUAUCGCAUGAGCAUACCAGGGUCAUAUUUUAAUCAUUCAUGUGUCCCAAAUGCUUACCUUCGAUUUCAAAAUGGCUUCACUGUCUGCAUUGCCCUACGAGCAAUUCGAAAAAAUGAACAGGUGUAUGUGCCUUAUGAUAUCAGCGUUUUGACCGAGGAAAAAUCAAUACGGCAGCAAAUAUUGCAAUCCAAUUUCAACUUCCGGUGCGUGUGUGAACGUUGUAAGAUGCCACGGUUGGAAUUGUCAAGCAUGCAAUCAAAUUACCAAAUCAAAUCGGACUUUUUGUAUCGUUCUAUUUGUAUGGACGUGAUAGAAGAACUUGAAGCUGAAGGAACGCGAGGAUUCAACUUUACCUGUGCACGUCACUUCCACGAUGUAAUGACACCAAAAUGCUUAUCUUUGCUGAAAAAAUACGGCACAUCAAAAUGGUGCUCUGAAAUCUACGACAUCAUUGUUAAGUUAGAAACGGUGGCAGGGGUUCAAGAAGGUGGUUUGACGAAAGUGCUAAUCUGUACGCCAAUAACAAAUUGUGAAUUUCUUGAGUAUUAAGUCUCACACACAAACCUUUCGACAAUGAGUCUUUGAUUCAACAUUUUUUAUUAAUAUUUUGUUCAAAAGUUAUAUUUUAACUUGUUAUUAUUAAGCAUUAUU